UCCUGUUGGACAGCGAAGCAGUUAGCGGCUAACUGUAAGGAAGCUAGGAUCGUUUCUUCGUAUCUCCGAGUAUUUUUCAACAACGGGAUCGUUAUAAACUUGCCUUGUGGUGUGUGUGACUUGGCGGGACGGUGUUUGUCACCACAGCCCUCUUCGGACACUGUUGUCUCCUCGCUCCGGAGGAACAAAGCUGAGUCAUGUACAAUGGGAUUGGACUGACGACUCCGCGAGGAAGCGGCACCAAUGGCUACGUGCAGCGAAACCUGUCCAGCCUGCGGGUCAAGCGGCCGCGGGACGAGCGCGGCGGCGAGCGGGACGAGAAGGACCGCGAGAGGCUGGAGAGUCAGCUCAACAGGCAGCCCAACGCCGACAUCCUGGAGCACCAGCGCAAGAGGCAGCUGGAGGUGAAGUGUGCCGAGCUGCAGGACAUGAUGGAGGAGCAGGGAUAUUCUGCCGAGGAGAUCGAGGAGAAGGUGAACAGCUUCCGGAUGAUGCUGCAGGAGAAGCUGGAGCCGGCUCCCUCCACCACAGAGAGACCCACGGUGACGGAGACUCACGCUCUGGCAGCGGCCAACCAGCAGAAGAACGACCGGCUCCGCGCCGCCUUCGGCAUCUCCAGCGACUACGUGGAUGGCUCGUCGUUCCACGCCGACCGCAAGGAGAAGGAGAAGGAGCGGCGGGAGCAGGAGCGCCUGGAGAGGGAGCAACUGCAGCAGCAGAAAUAUACGUUGGUGGAGGAUUCAGACGAGUCGGGUUCCCCUCCAAAGAAACGCAGUCGCAAGAAGAAGAAAAACAAGAACCGAGAGAGUUCGGAGAGCCCGUCGCCGUCUCCUCGGAGAGAAAAGAAGAAAUCCAAAAAGAAGAAGAAGAAACGUGAGGCGUCGUCAUCGGAGGAGGACAACAGCUCGUCGGACGAGAAACGGAAAGCGUCAAAGAAGAAGACAAAACAGAGUUCGAGUCCUCCCAAAACCAAGGCGGCGAGACGGAGGAGCGUCUCCUCCGGCUCGGUUCACAGCGUCGAGUCUCCACCGAGGUCCAGGCAGCAGGAGCAAACGGCAAGAAGCAAGGAAGGAGGAAGGAAGGGGAGGUCCCCGGACAGGAGAAGGCACAGCCCGCCUCGCCCCGGAGGAGACGCAAAACGGUCCAAUCAGGACAGAGAGCGGCAGAGCGAGGCCUCAAGAGGAGGAGACAAGAGGAGACACGACUCCUCCUCGCCCUCCCCCCCUCCACAGACCGCCAAAUCCACCGAGAGGGAGAAGAGGAGGCGCUCGAGGAGCGUGGAGGUGGAGAAGAGGAGGCGCUCGAGGAGCGUGGAGGUGGAGAAGAGGAGGCGCUCGAGGAGCGUGGAGGUGGAGAAGAGGAGCGCAGAGGCUGCAAGGAGGAGGCGAUCAAAGAGCAAAGAGGCAGAGAGGAGGCGGCGAUCAAGGAGUGUGGAGGAGGUGAAAAGGAGGCGUUCAAAGAGCGUAGAUCCAGAAAAGAGGAGGCGUUCCAGGAGCGUAGAUGUGGAGAAAAGGAGGCGCUCAAGGAGCGUGGAGGAGGUGAAACGGAAGCGAUCAAGGAGUGUAGAAGUGGCGAAGGGGAGGCGCUCCAGGAGCAGAGAGGCAGAUAAAAGAAGAUCUUCAAAAAGCAGAGAUGGAGAGAAAGGGAGGCGCUCCAGGAGCAGAGACAGGACUGACAGAGGGCGGGAGAAGGUUCCUCCGAGGAGCAGACAUGACUCGUCUUCGUCUCCUUCUCCUCCUCCUCCUCCUCCUCCUCCUCCUCCUCCUCCGAAGCAGGAGAUCAGGAGGGAAAGGAGCAGAGACGCUGACCGGGAAAGAGAUCGCAGUAAAAUGACACGACACGACUCCUCGUCUCCUUCUCCUCCUCCUCCUCCUCCUCAGAGAGGGAGGACGGAGAAGGACCAGCCCGUCAGGGACGGGAGGAAGGACGGCGGCCGGAGGCAGGAGAGCGCCGCGUCUCCUCGCCAGCAGAGGAGGGACGCUCCUCCGUCGCCCGCCUCCCGCUCACCGGGCGCCGGCGGACGCCAGGGCGAGAAGGAGAGGGAGCGUCUGGACCGAGGGAGAGGAGGAGGCCGGGACGAAGGCAGGAGGAGAGAGGAGGACGAGAGGCGGCGAGACGAGGCGAGACCCGGCGAGAAGCUGAGGGGCGAGCGGCCGGAGGCGAGCCAGCGGCAGAACAGAAGUCCUCCGACAGAGAAGAAGAAGCCGGAGGACAAACCGACCCAGAAGAAAGCGGCGAGCAGCAGCAGCAGCGACAGUGACAGCGACAGCUCCUCCUCGUCCUCCUCUUCCUCUUCCUCCUCCUCGUCCUCGUCUUCGUCCUCCUCCUCCGAGGACGAAGCGCCCAAGCAGCAGGCGGCGAGGAAGGAGAGGAGCAGCCCGCCCAGAGCUCCUCCGUCCGGCGUCGGCGCCGCCGUUCACAGAUACCUCUCCAACGGGAGGGCCAAGAGCCCGGAGGGAGACACCCCCCAGCGCCCCCAGAGGGAGGCGGGGGGAGACAGACCCCCCCACCCGGCCCGGGCCAGGGGGCAGGAGCGCUACAGCCCCACGCAGGCGGACAGCCCCAGCCCGCCGCCGUCCCCGCCCCCCAGGGGCGGCGCCCGCCACUCGCCCUCCGUGAGGGGCAGGGGGGAGGAGAGAGCGAGGGACCGGGAGGGGGGGACCAGGAGGACCACCAGGUCCAGCCCCUCCGGCAGGAAGUCGCGCUCUCCGCCUCCCAAGACCGUCGGCGCCUCCCCGGCUCGCCGCACGCCGCCAAAGCAGUACCAGGACCCCCCUCCCAGGUCCAGGAGGACUCCCCCUCCCCCGGCCUGGUCUGACAGGGACCGGCAGCGGGACCGGGACCGAGAACGAGACCGAGAGAGGGAACGGGAGAGAGAGAGGGAACGAGACCGAGAGAGGGACCGGGACCGGGACAGACCCAGAGAUCAGAGGACUUCCCGGAGGUCCAUGAGUCCGAGGAGGCGCAGCAGGUCCAGGAGCCUGAGGAGAAGAAGUCCUGUCAGGUCUCGGCGCUCGCCGUCUCCACAGCGACGGGGGAGGGCGAGCGGCUCCGCCUCCCGAGAGCGAGAGAGGGCCAGGCCGAGGGAGGCGGAGCAGGAGAGGGCGCCGGAAAAACGAGAGAGCGUGCAGCCCAAAGCCGCGCCCCAGCCCCGCAGGUCCUCGUCCUCCUCCUCCAGCUCUUCCUCCAGCUCCUCCUCCUCCUCGUCCUCCUCGCCGUCCCCGCCUCCAGAGAGGAGCGACCUGAAGCUCCCGGCAGAGAGAAACCGCCGGGAGCCGGAGGAGCCGAAGAGUCGCUCCUCCUCCUCCACACACGCCGUCUCCAGAGACCCCGCCCACCCUGAAGCUCCGCCCCCGGGGCGGAGGAGCUCGCAGUCGGACCCGCGGCGCCCCGACGCGACCUCCAGGAGGUCGCCGGACAGCGGCCAGUUGGACGCCAAGCGGCCGCCGUCCAGAGAGCCGGGCAGAACCGAGGGCGCCGUGAACGGGAAGGAGGCGAAGGCGGCGGCCAAUCAGAGCAGCAGCUCCAGCUCCUCUUCAUCCUCCUCAUCCUCCUCGUCCUCCUCGUCAUCCUCGUCCUCAGAGAGCUCCGACUCCGAAGCGGAGCAGGAGAACGGGAAGGCACCGAAGCCUCAGAGCUCUUCGUCGUCGUCCUCUUCCUCUUCCGACAACGAGAAACAAACCCAGAAGAAGAGUCCCGUCCGGCCGCAGCGCGUCCCGGCAGACUCGCUCAGAGACUCUCGCUCGCUGAGUUAUUCUCCUCCCAGACACGUGAGGGCAGCGGCGUCCUCGCCGAGCCGCAGGAGUGGCAGCCGGCCGUCUCCGAGCCGCCCGCCGUCCAGCAGACGGAGGAACUGACGGGACUCCUCUGGCGCUGUGGAGACUGGAACGGCCCGGCAGUCCCGGCCCCCCGCCCCUCGGCGGCCGGCCGGCUUGUACAUUUGUUUUUAUUUGCCUGCGGGCUUCAGACGCGCUGAAUUGGAAGCUCGGUGUGUUCUGUCCUCUGUAGGUCCCUGCCGUCUGGAUCUGCUUCUUACUUUGUGGUAACGGUCAGACGUGCCGCCCUUUUUCCUGUUAAUGUGAGCGGAAUCUCAAACGUGUGUGUCAUUCAUUCCUUUGUUGAAUCUCCUGAAUAAUACGAAUAAAGAUAAAUUGUACAUUUUA